GCUCCCCGCCUCCAGCCCGGGAGCGGCUUGCCGCCGGCUCCGCGCCGCAUCGCUCGGGUGCAGCGCAGCUCAGCGCAGCGCGGCGGCCUUUCGGCAGCCGAACGGCCGCGGCAGUUCAGGACAAGAGGUGUGGGCAGGCCAGUGGGCACUGGUACCAUCAUGGCAGAGAAAGUGAACAACUUCCCACCAUUGCCCAAAUUCAUCCCGCUGAAGCCAUGUUUCUACCAAGACUUUGAGGCCGACAUUCCUCCCCAGCAUCUCAGCAUGACCAAGCGCCUCUACUACCUCUGGAUGUUGAACAGCGUCACGCUGGCCGUGAACCUGGUGGGCUGUCUCGCGUGGCUGAUCGGAGGCGGGGGAGCCACCAACUUUGGCCUCGCCUUUCUCUGGCUCAUCCUCUUCACACCCUGCUCCUACGUCUGCUGGUUUCGGCCCAUUUACAAGGCCUUCAAGACUGACAGCUCCUUCAGUUUCAUGGCAUUCUUCUUUACCUUCAUGGCUCAGUUGGUCAUCAGCAUCAUCCAGGCCGUGGGCAUCCCAGGCUGGGGCGUCUGCGGCUGGAUUGCCACCAUCUCCUUCUUCGGAACGAACAUUGGCUCGGCGGUGGUGAUGCUAAUUCCCACUGUCAUGUUCACAGUGAUGGCCGUCUUUUCCUUCAUCGCCCUCAGCAUGGUUCAUAAAUUUUACCGGGGAAGUGGGGGGAGUUUCAGCAAAGCUCAGGAGGAGUGGACAACAGGGGCAUGGAAGAAUCCACACGUGCAGCAGGCGGCCCAGAAUGCAGCCAUGGGGGCAGCCCAGGGUGCCAUGAAUCAGCCUCAGACUCAGUAUUCUGCCACCCCCAACUACACAUACUCCAAUGAGAUGUGAACCAGCCACACCUACCAGGUGGCAGGGCUGGGGCCAUUGGGACAGGGGGCUCAAGCCACAUCGUCAUUUGUGGUAACCAAGCAGGGUUCCCCCUUUCCUUUUUCUCCUUCCCUACUUUGUACAAAGGACCAGAGUUUUAUACAUAUAUAUAUAUAUAUAUAUAUGUAUGUGUGUAUAUAUAUAUAUAUAUGUAUAUGUAUAUAUGUAUAUGUCUGUCCCCCAGCCCACAACCUUUGUAUUCUGCUCUUGGCACUCAGCUGUGCUCUGCACGUGGAGCUGUCCCGUGCGGUGGUAGCUGUGUCCGUGUCCCCUCGUGAAAUAGUGUGCAGUGGAGGUCUCUUGUUGUGGUGCUAGAUGUGUGUUUAGAGCUAAACCAGCCCCCACCCCCACCCUCCACCUGCCCCUCCUGCCCCUUGCCCCUCUGACCCUGGCCCAGGGACCCCUCACGGGGCCAGGGGAUGCAUAGCAGAAAGACUGGCUCCUUCCUAGGGUUAUGAGCUGGAACUGCUUCCACUUUCAGUCUUCCUGGGAAGCAGCAGUUUUUAGCACUCUUGGUGGUGGGUGGGAGGAUGGGUACAAGCCAGGGAUAUUCCCUUGCUCUUCUCAUCCGUCCAGGCCUCCCCUCCCUCAGCCUCCUCCUCCUUCAUCUGUUCCCUAAUGUCACAUUCCCUAUGCUAUCUUCCCUUGCCCAGGAUCUGUCUGUCUCUUUCCUAGGUGGCUUUUCUUUGUCUUCCCCGAGGCUGAGUAUCCCAGUUUUAUCUGCUCCUGAGACUGAGCCCAGAUCCCCAAAUCUAACUUGAUUUACAGUUCAAGGAAGCUGAUGAGGGAGCUGGGCCUUACCCCUGAUGUAGGAGGGGCACACAGCUGGGGGUGCAGAGCCCACCUGGGUAACUGACCCCCAGGGGAUGGAAAUGCAGGGUUUCUGCUUGGGCCUGAGAGUCUGGUCUGCAGGGGCAGGCUCCUCUUUUCUCUCCCCUGCCUUCUCCUCCUUCUCUCCCCAGAGCCUCCUUGAGCCCCUCUGCAUAUGUCCCUCUGUCUCCUCCCCAUGCCCCCAGCUGCUGUAGCUUGAUUCUCCUACCCUGACCGCACCAUGUGCUAGGUGGCAUCUGCCUUACUGCCUUCCCUGAGGAGUUGGGACAUGCUGGGCAGUUGUCAGAUGUAAAGGUACAGCUGGAGCAGAGGUCAUGUCAGUAAUGAUUGGUCCCUGGGGGAGGUCUGGCUGGCUCCAGCACACUGGGGCAUCUAGGUAUCUCUCUGUGACUACUGGAUUCCUGGGAGCAGUAGCUGUUCUGUUUGGAUCUGGUAGAAGGGACGGGCUCAGAGGGCUAGGCCCGGAGGGAAGGUCAGAGGAGAAGGCAGGCAGGGUCCAGUGAGAGGGGAGCAUGCCUUCCCCCACCCUGACUUGCUCUUGGUCACAGGGCAGUUCUGGGCACUUGAACUCAGGGCCCAAGCAGAAGCACAGGCCCAGUCCUGGCUGCAAGCACAAUGGCCUGAAUGGGAUUUCAGGUUAGGCGGGGUGGGAGGGGAGGCUCUCUGGCUUUAGUUUUGUUUUGUUUUCCAAAUCAAGGUAACUUGCUCCCCUCUGCCUACAGACCUUGGUCUUGGCUUGUCCUCACCCAGUCAGAACUCCCUAGCACUUUCAGGAGAGUGGUUUUAGGCCCAUGGGGCUGCUCUAUUCCAAGCGGUAUAAGAAUAUGGCUGGUAGAGGCUCCAGCUGUGUGCAGGGCCUGAAGGGGAGUGGGUUUUCACCCAAAGAGCAUUUGCCCAUUUCCCACCUUCCCUUCUCCCAACAGAAGCCUACCUGAGCUGUUUGGACAAAAAUCCAAACCCUGCUUGGCUACUCUGGCCUGGCUUCAGCUUGGAACCUAACACCUAGGCUUCCAGGCCACCCUGAGCCAGGGGCCUCCGGAAGUUCUCUUCCUGAUGGUCCUUUAGGUUUGGGCCACAAAAUAUAAUUACCUCUCCUCUCUCCCAUUUUUUCUCUAGGGAGCAAUGGUCACAGUCCCUGGUACCUGAAAAGGGACCCUAGGUCUAAGCCCUUCCUCCUUUUCCCUUUCUCUCUCCUAUCCCAGACCUUUGGCUCCCUUUUCCUUCUCUCUCUGGUGGCUCCAGGAGGCCUGUGAUCUAGCUCCCUGCUUAGCACCCAUGACCUGUUGGAUGUUACCUCCAAUCAAUAUCCUGUCCUACCUGCCUCUUUGGCUCAGACCUAUGUGGCCACACUCUGGCUCUACCUUUGGGAAAGCCUGAUCCUGGUGUGGCCCAGCUUAUUCAGGCCCUGGGAUGCUGCAUCUCCAGGCAACUAUGCACUUUCCCAGGGAAGGAACCAGUAUGAGAAGUGGGGGCAGGGCACACAUUUAUCUUUGCAGGAAAGUCUGUCCUGGGGUCGAGUGGAGGAGGGCCCAGGUCAGUUCUGGGGUCCCAGUGACCUGCUUUGCUAUUCUCCUGGUGCCGCUGCUGCUCCCUAUUUCUGGAGCUGGAUGUUCCCCAGCUGGCAGUUGAGCUGCCUGAGCCAAUGUAUCUGUCUUUGGUAACUGAGUGAACCAUAAUAAAGGGGAACAUUUGGCCCUGUG